CCAGCAUCUGCAGAAUUCCUGUUGUUAUAGACUGGAGAACUUGUCUGGUGAGGUGUUACUAAAUAGUGAGUAAUAAUAAAAGUAUGACCAUGUUAAUGGGGCUGUAUUACAGAUCACCCAAUAUUCCACAGGAUUUACAGGAACAAGUUUGUAGAGAGAUCGCACUGUUGCAAGAAACAGAAGUUUGUUGUCGGUGAUUUUAACUUUCUAUAUAUUGACUUGGAUUCUCAUGUUAUAAAAGGAAUAGAUCGGAUAGAGUUUGUCAAAUGUAUUAGGAAAAUUUCUUUAACCAGUUUGUAGAAGUCACAGCCAGAGUUAAUCUACUAGGGAAUGAGAAGUUUGUGUAUGGGAACAAUUUGCAUAUAGUGAUCACAAUGCCAUUAGUUUCAAAGUAAAUAAGGAAAAAGAUGGGUCUGGUCCACAGAUUGAGAUUCUAAAUUGGAGGUAAUAUAAAAGGGGAUUAGGAAAAUCAGGUUCAUGUCAGGUCGCAAGAGAGGAAAUUUGUUGACUGCCAAUGAGAUGCCUUUUUGGGACAGCUUGUCCUUGAGCCUACUUGGGGAAGGGGUAUCUCAGAUUGGGUGUUGUGUAAUAACCCAGAUCUUAUUAGGGAGCUUAGGAGACAGUGAUCAUAAUAUGAUUGAAUUUGUACUGCACUUUGAGAGGGAGAAGCAUAAGUCACGUGUUUCGGUAUCACAGUGGAAUAAAGGGGAUUACAGAGGAGCUUGCCCAGGUGGACUGGAGGAGAAUACUGGCAAGAAUGACAACAGAGCAGAGUUGGCUGAAGUUUCCAGGAAUAGUUCACAAGAGCCACGGCGUGAAGAUGGCCCCUUCAUUGGGCCUCCUUCCUGUGGUGAUGGCAGAGCUACUGAAUAAAGUUCAGGAAGUUUACCAGCAGUCUUUGCAAUUGACAGAUGAACUGCUUUUGAUGCUGAAAUGUGUCUUUGGACCACAGGCUCUGCAGGCAUUAGAACUAGUGGAUCAGCGCUCAGUAACACUUGUUGACGCUCCCAGUGGAAGGACACUGUACCAGGUUGUAGGAAGCUCUGGUCGGGUGUAUCACUGCCUCAGUUCCUGCCUCUACUGCUCAUGUGUGGCUUUCACCUACUCUGUCUUACGAAGAAAUGACCACCUAUUGUGCAAGCAUCUCCUUGCUGUUUAUCUGUGCCAAGCCAUGGGAACGUUCCGCCAGCUGAGAGUCUCCAACCAGCAGCUCACUACUCUGUUGCACGCCAAUGAGAAGGAGUUUGAGCCUACAGACUAACAUGGAAGAGGACAAAGUGUACAAGGCCACAAUCUGACCCUGAAUCCAGCUCACCAGUCUGUUGCAUGCAAAGAAGAAUGAGCUUGAACCUUCAGACUAAUAACGAACAAGGUGUACAAGCCCAUGAUCUGACCCAAAUCCAGGGUAUUGGCUGAAACAAAUGCUGGAAUUCCUGCUAACCCAUGUUUCUGCAACUAAUCCAGGGUAACAUUUCAAUACCUUCCAAGGGGAACACCACAUUAUUAUAGAAGAGAUCUUUAAGAUGAAACCUUAUUCCUUGGCCAUUAAAGGACCCUAUGGCAUGGUUCAGAGGCAAGUAGAGGAGUAAUCCUGGUGACCAGCACCAGAGACUUGUCCACCAUUGACUUGAAGGCAUCAGCUGUAAAAAUAAUUGAGAUAAUCUUCGGAGUAUAAGAAGGUGCUUGCUGUGUUGCUCAAUAUGUCAGUUAACAACUUAGUUUAGCAUAGACACCCAUCUCACCAUCACCAUAUUCAGGAAGGAAUGUUAACUGUCCAGUCUCCUCAAAGCCUUGCCAAGGCAGAGUAUGUGAUACAAGAUCUGCCUGUCAUUAUACUGCACUCUGAUUCUCAGCUGUGGUGUUAAAGGCAGAAUGAAGCCACUCCAUCCAUUGUCUCUCUGCUGUCUAAAUUUUGUAAGGAGAUGAUCCUUAGCUUCAGUUGACCUGUGUGAUUGAUGCCCCUCGCCCUUUGAUUUUUCUACAGAACAUUCUUAUAUUCUCUCUGCAACCAUCACAUUCCUCCUGCAGAUGAAAUUAGGCUAUAGUCCCCCAGAGUUUUAUAGAAGUUCAACAUUAACUUUCUGUUUAAUUCUCCAGUGCUCUACUCUGCCUGAACUGCCAGCUUCAUAAAUGUGUGCACGAUUUGCUCAGAGCAAUCUGCUCCCACAGUCUUUAGAAUUUACCUGUUUUAUUGUCAUUCUUCCUGCCAAAAGGAUCAACUUGCAUUCUGCAAUAAAUCUCGUUUGCCUAUUUAUCCUCUUCAUCUGUCACUAACUUCCUUACUAUUUACCACACUACCAGAUUUUGUCAUCUAAAAGUUUUGUUUAUCUCUGAACGAGAGCGAUGGUCCUGCUUUGUUUCAUGAGAAAGUGAGUCUGUCUCUCUCCAGCCUGAAAAGCAGCUGUUGGUCAACAUGGAGACACAACUCACUGAGUUCCUCCAGCAGAUUUUUUUUUCCUUACCUUCCUAAUUCUCAGCCCAUAUCCUUAGCAUAGUUACACUCCCUUUUAUAGCAGCAUAACUAUUGGGUAUCACCAUGUUUUCAAACACUUUUUGGAAGUCUGUACGCUGAGUAAAUUGCUUUGCGUCAUCAGCUUCACUUGCCUCAUGAAAAAGUACCGUGGAGAUAGCUGAGGAGUGUUUACCUUUGAAGGGUCUGUCCUCAGCUUUCCUUAGUCCAUGUUUUAAAAAAAUGAUUUAAUCCUGUCCCUGAUUAUUUUUUCUAGUUAGUUGUUUGAAUUACUUGAUUUAAAUAAAUAACUUGAUUAAGAAACAUUUGAGUGA